GACUAGGAGAGAGAGAGGCAGGCGUAGAGAAAUAGCUACUGCUACUAUCACAAAAUGUAAGAAAAUUGUAAAAGAACAUAUAGCAUAUAUGUAUGUAUAGAUAUCUAAAGCAGUUGAGACGAAUCCCAGCGGCGCCAUAACCACCAUCUUUCGCUGCCAUGCUUCCGGAAGUCCCAGCGGCGCGACCGCCAUCACCAAUUUCUCAGCCGUAAACUCAGACAGUUCUACUCCACGUAUCAACCGCCGCUCUCUUUUAAUUUUAAUACUCGAACGCAAUGCCAUCGUCAGCGGCCGCAGUCAAGCAGAAUCAAGCGGCUGCUGCGGCGAAACGUGACUUGAAACACAGAGUACUGACGUGCCUCCACAAGCUCUCCGACAGAGACACCUACGCCUCCGCCACUUCCGAGCUCGAAAACAUCGCCAAGACCCUCUCCCCUGACACUCUUCCUCCUUUUCUCUCCUCCAUCACCGCCACCGACUCCACCGACAAAUCCACCGUCCGCAAGCAAUGCCUGCAUUUGAUCUCUCUUCUCGCUCUCCACCACUCCGACACUCUCUCCCCCCACCUCUCUAAGCUCCUCUCCUCCAUCAUCCGCCGCCUCCGCGACUCCGACUCCUCUAUCCGCUCCGCAUGCAUCUCCGCUGCCGCCUCCCUUGCUUCUCACCUCACCAGGCCCUCCUUCUCCUCCUUCUCCAAGCCCUUCCUCGAAGCUCUCUUCACCGAACAGGACCUCAAUGCUCAGAUCGGCGCCGCCAUGUGCUUGUCGGCCGUCCUCGAGUCCAUUCCCCAGCCGCCGGAUGCCGUGCUCUUGAGGAAGCUCCUGGUCAGGCUGGAGAAGUUGGUCAAGCGCGAGGGGUUUAGGGCCAAGGCAGCCGUUCUGGGGUUCAUGGGAUCCGUGAUCGAGUCCGGUGGGGCCCCUGCCGGGAUGAUGCUGAGUAACUUGCUGGCGUGUCUGGUGCAGUUUUUGAGCAGUGAGGAUUGGGCAGCGAGGAAGGCCGCCGCGGAGGCGCUGCUCAAGCUUGUUCUGGCGGAAAGAGAGGCCUUGCCCGAGUUUAAAGCUGCGUCUUUGAAGAUCUUCGAGGCCAAAAGAUUCGACAAGGUAAAGGUAGUCCGGGAGACCAUGAAUCAGUUGGUGGAGGCGUGGAAGGAGGUUCCUGAUGAGGCGUCCGCAAAUCUUGAAUACCAUUCUUCAACAAUGGAAUGCCAGAAUGCGAGCCACGGGCAAUACGCCCCUGCUUCCAAGACACCCUGCACUGUCACCUCCGGUGCACCUCAAGUGAGGAAAAGUCUCCUUUUAUGUAAUGGCUCUUCUAUCACCACAGCCAGGAAAAGAAUUCCGGAAAAUGAGAACGAGAAGAAAACUGGUCCAGCAAUGUUCCGGAAACUGGAUCGUAAGAAGCCUUAUGAAUUGAUAGUUGAAUGUGCUACUCACAAUGCUCCUGGGAAAGCAAUGUCUGACGAUGACCCAACGAACAGAGAUGAGAGCUUUGGGGAAAAAGUUGGGGAGAGAAAUAGAUUGGCAAAGCCAGAUGUGAAGAGAACCCUUUUUAAUAAGUCUGCUUCUCGUGUAGUCCCAUGUCAUGAAGAUAUCUCAGAAGCUACCGUGGUUGUUAGUAAUGAAACGGGGAUAAUCUUGAGGAACCGGAAGGACUGUGAGGAUCUAUCAUUAAUUCGUAAGCAACUUGUUCAGAUUGAAAACCAGCAGUCCAAUUUGCUAGAUCUCCUCCAGAAAUUUAUGGGGAGCUCACAGAGUGGUAUGCGAUCACUGGAGACACGGGUUCGUGGCCUAGAGCUUGCAUUGGAUGAGAUCUCCUUGGACCUUGCUGUUUCAACCGGAAGGAUGUCGAAUGCUGCUUCUGCUGGAGGCCUGUGUUGCAAACUACCUGGUGCAGAAUAUUUGAGCUCAAAGCUCUGGAAGAGAACAGAAAGUCGGCGUGCUACCCCAAUGUUCACUUCUUCUAGUGCAACUACAGCAGCAGCAUCGAUGCUGAGAGUAGCUAAUAAAAGUGAAGAUUCUGAAGUAUUUAAACUGGAUAAUAGGAGAUCUCGAUACCAAGGUGGUCAUGGGAUUAUAAUGAACCCCCUGGCUGAAAUCCCUAUCGACUCCAAUAGAAGUAUUCCCGGAGUUUCCUCCAAUAGAAUACUAGAGAAUGCUCAUGUUGUGGUGUGAAGUAGUAUUGGCUUAUACACCACUGGCAGAGUUAUCAGCAGGUUCUCCUUCUUUCUCCAGGACUGUGUGAAACUGAAAGGUUGAGUUUCUUGCUCCAAAAACAAAAGAUAUUCGUGGAUUACUACUCUACUGUUCUUGAUGCUUCGGUUGCUGCGAGUAUGAAACAGACAUUAGUCUAGUAGUAUCAGCUCUGGAAGGACUUCUCUUUUUGACGGAGCAUAUGAAUAUUUGGGCUUCCGUUUCCUUUUAAAACUGGAUUCUACCGCGAGAAGAGAAGGGGGAGGAACCGAAACCUGUGCUCAGAUUGCCCAAAGACAAUGAAGAAGAAGAGUUUAUAGUUAUUAAUUUGUAAGAUUAUUAUUGUGUACAUACGCGUUUUCAGGAGAUGCAAAAAGAGAUACUUGAAUUAUAAAUUCCAUUUUAUAACCAAAAAAAAAGGCCAAAGUAAAUGAAUAAUUAGUGUGUA